AUGUCUUCUCCUGCUUCUGAGGACACUUCCCUGGGGCCAGGGACUCAAGUGGAGCCAACCAAGAAGAAGAAGAGAAAGAAGAAAUAUCUGGAAGCCAGUAUCCAGACCCUCACCCAGGCUGGGCAUGGAGCCCUGAGGGAUGGCCGGAAUGAUGAGGCCUUGGCCAGCUUUCAUAGAGCCUUUCUUUUGGCCUUGGAGACCCAGGGAAGCAGGGACCCCAGAGUCCUGAAGGCCUGUGCUUUUAACCUUGGGGCAGCCUAUGUGGAAACAGGCAACCCUGCACGCGGCCUCAGGCUGUUUCUCUGGGCCAAACCAGAAGAAAAGGCUAAGGGCUCUUCCCAUGGUGACCAGUGCUUCAAUGUGGCCUUGGCCUACCAGGCCUUGGGUGAUUUACCUCAGGCCUUGGUGUGGUACCAGAAGGCCCUGGGCCAUUAUCAGCCCCAGGGAGACCAAGGGGGAGCCCAGGAGAAGAUGGCAGCCUGCUACCAGGCCCUGGGACACCCAGAACAAGAAGCCCACUACCUGAGGGAGGCGAGCCGGGCUUAUGCCCAGGCAGGGAGACCCUGGGCUGCAGCCCUGGCCCUGGGAGCUGCUGGUAGAUGCAUGCUGAAGAACAAGCAGUGCAAGGUGGGAGAAGUGGUGCAGGUGCUAGAGGACAGCAGGAGGCUGGCAGAGAAGAGUACCAAUCGGAGGCUUCUGGGGAAGCUCUACAAUGACCUUGGCCUGAGCUACUCCCAGCUUGGUCUGUUCCCACUGGCGGCGGAGAGCUUCCUUCAGGCUCUGCCUCUGUGUCCGGAGCCAGGCGCCAAGGCCGUUGUGCUGCGGAACCUUGGCGCUGCCCACAAUGCUCUGGGGAACUUCCAGGAGGCGCAGGACCUCCACCGGCAAGCUGCUGCCCUGCAUGGGUCAGCCGGGCAGCGGCAAGAGCAGGGCGAGUGCUUUGGGGGCCUGGCAUUUGCCCUGAGUCAGUUGGGGGAACACGAGGCUGCCAGGGACAACUAUCUUCAUGCCCUCCAGGCUGCACAAGAUGCUGGGGAUAUGAAGGGACAAUGGCAAGCUUUGGAGGGGCUAGGGGCUGCAGCUGUCUGUCUGGGGCAGCCUGACCAGGCUGUGAAACACUAUAAGGAAGCACUGGCUUUACUAGUCCAAUGCCCGGAAGAGCCCCCCUCAGUUCAAGAGAGGCUGGUGGCCAAGCUGGCAGAUUCUAUGAGGACUCACUUGGCCCUGGGAGGUCUCAACCCUGAUGGCUCCUUGGUGAGAAGAACUCUAAAACAGGAGCCCUAG